AUGAUUAACCACUUCUAUCCCAACGGUGAUGAAUCCCAACCCCAGGACCUCGAUCCGUCGGACCAGGACUCGCAAUACGCCCCAACUCCUGGGUAUUACGAACACACGCCACCAUCAGAAUAUGGAUUUAGCCCUUCACCGAACCGUUGCCCCCAGGACGGUUCCGAGCCCUUACUUUCAAUUCCACCAGAAACCAAUAAGCUGCUUCAGCUCUCCGAGUGGGAAGCGAAUAGGCCAGACGACGAGCUUCCCGCAAGCUUUAUUCGGUAUACUAUCGAGUGGAAAGUCAAAGUGAAUAAUCGGUCCAUAUCAGAGGAUACGGAGCAGGACGUAGCGUUGACCCCAAGUGCUUACUGGCCCUUGGCCCUCAGGGACAAGCUGUAUAAGGUAAUCGAGGAGAAAGUUGCGCGUAAACGAAGGGUCAGGUCCGACGACACAUCCAUUGUUGUGUCGAUCAACGAUCGCAAGCAACACGACCUGAAAAAGCGGUUUAAUGGCCUCAAUAUUGACUGGUCCGCCGUGGAAAAACAAUUACUCGUUUGGGGGAAAUUUUAUACCAGCGGUAAAGAGUUGCGGCUGAGGAUAAUCUUCAACUAUAUAGAGGACGACCACUCCCCUAGAAGCGUAACAGGCAGAACCGACAAAAGAGGAAGGUCAUCUGUUACCAAAAGGAUGCUUAACGAGCGAGAUGAAUAA